GCGUAAAGAUGCAGUGGACCCAAGAGCAUACACAAUGGGCAGAACAGCAUUUUGACAUCUCAUCCACCACCCGCUCGCCGGCACACAAAGUGGAGGCCUACCGGGGUCACUUGCAGCGCACGUACCAGUAUGCUUGGGCAAACGAUGACAUCUCUGCGCUGACCGCCUCCAACCUGCUGAAGAAAUAUGCAGAGAAGUACUCUGGGAUCCUUGAAGGCCCAAAUGAAAGAGCCUUGCUGUGUUCAUACUCUGAUAGCAACACUGGACUCAUGAAUGGGCGCAAGUCAGAGAGCGAGCCCUGGCAGGAGGGGAUUUACCCCAUAAACUGCGCUCCAGAUGUUAUAUCUGUAAGCAAAGCUGGAAUGGCAGCUGCCCUACCCCCUACAGAUGUGUCAGCUAGCAUAGGCAGCUCCCCAGGGGUGGCCAGCAGCCUGUCCGAUCCAAGUUAUUCCAGCAGCAACUGUGGGAGCCACACGGCUACCAGUCUUCACUCGGGUCUCCCCUCUCAGGAAUAUACUGCCAGCUACAACGGCUCCUACCUGCAUUCUAGUUAUAGUGGGCAGACCACCCCAGGCCUCCCCUCCCCGCACCCUUCUCCUUUACACAGCGCUGGUCUCUUACAACCCCCACCCCCACCCCCUCCCUCUUCCUUAGUACCCAGCUACAACGCUGGGUCUCCAAACCUUUCAAACUACAAUUAUCCUCCAACAGGGUAUCCCCCUCAGACUGCUGUUGCCCCAGGCUAUAGCCCUGGAGGCCCCCCACCCUCUGCUUAUCUACCGUCUGGUAUUGCAGCCCCUACACCUCUCCCUCCAUCUACACUGCCUGGUUAUACCUACCAGUCCCAUAAUCAUACACCAAUUGCACCAACACCUUUGAAUGGCAGCACAGCCAACUCAUUAAAAAGAAAAGCUUUCUACAUGACUGGGCAUGGAGAUAUGGACUCUAGUUAUGGUAAUUUCAACUACAACCAACAGCGAUCUUCACAGAGCCCUAUGUACAGAAUACCAGACAGCAGUGUCUCAGACUCAAACAGGGGCAAUGGCUUUGACAGAAAUGCUGAGGCAUCAUCUUUAGCUUUCAAGCCUACAAAGCAGCCAGUAUCUUCUGAUCAGCAAAGGAAAUUUACCAUUCAAUCGGGCCGAGCACUCUCUCCUCCAUCCUAUGUAUCAACCAAAAGCACGGUAGGUGAACUCAGAUCGGGUGAGUCCUAUGGAAAGUUUGGGUCCCCCAUCAUGAGCGAGCAAAGUGAAGAGCACAGACAGCACCUCUCCCAAACUAUAGCGGGGCCAGACAUUACCGCUGCUACCUCAUCCAUCCACACAGCAGAGGAACAACUGAAGAAUAGUGAUGCCAAUCUGGUGGAGAUGGUCACCACGGAAAUCCUUCAACAGGGCCCUCCCAUAGACUGGAGUGACAUUGCAGGUCUGGAUAUGGCCAAAGCAGCCAUCAAAGAGGAGAUACUGUGGCCCAUUUUAAGGCCAGACAUGUUUAGUGGGCUUGCCACAUUACCUCGGACCCUCCUUCUGUUUGGACCUCAGGGAACUGGUAGAACUCUGCUGGGCCGCUGCAUGGCCAACCAACUUGGGGCGGCUUUCUUGCGACUCAACAGUUCAGCACUGGUGACCAAGUUACUGGGGGAUGGUGACAAGAUCAUCAAGGCCUCCUUCCUGGUGGCUCGUUGUCGUCAACCAGCGGUGGUCUUCAUCAGUGAGGUGGACAUCUUGCUUUCAGACCACCUCAGUGAGGAGAGCCCUGUGAACCGCCUCAAGACUGAGCUUCUCAUACAACUUGAUAGCGUUCUGACCUCUGCUGAAGAACAUGUCCUGGUGGUCUGCUCCACCAAUAAGCCUGAGGAGAUCCCUGAGUCCCUGAGGAGGUACUUCACCAAGCGCCUCCUCAUCCCCUUACCUGACAGCACAGCACGGCACCAGAUAAUCAGCCAAUUGCUCUCACAGCACAACUACUGUCUUAGUGACAAAGAGAUGUCACUAUUGGUCCAGAGGACGGAGGGGUUUUCAGGGCUGGGUGUGGCCCAGCUAUGUCAGGAGGCCCUGGUAGGUCCUCUCCAUGGCAUCCCUGGCACUGAUUUGUCAGUCAUCCACCCCAGUCAGAUGAGACCUCUCUCCUACCAAGACUUCGACAACAUAUUUUGUAAAUUCCAGCCCAGCAUAUCACAAAAAGAACUCGACAUGUACACUGAAUGGAAUAAAAUGUUUGGGUGUAGUCAAUGA